AUGGCCAUGCUUGCCGCAAAGUCCCCGUAUCCCGCACCCUCCAUGAGUGGCAGCGCUGCACAAUCUUCGGCCCAGUACAAUGCUGGCCUCUCCAACUACCGCAACCAUGCAUCAAACACCCGAGCCGAGCAGUCAAUGUUUGCUUCUCCCACCGAGUCAGAGUUCUCCGAAAUAUAUGAUGCCCCCGACGCCAUUAGACAUUGGGACGAGGACAAGGUUGGCGACUGGCUGAAGCGUAUCAACUGCGCCCAGUAUGUCGACCUAUUCAAGCACAACCACAUCAACGGCGAGAACUUGAUGGAGAUGGACCAGACCCAUCUGAAAGACAUGGGCAUCAAGAAAGUCGGCGACCGCGUCCGCAUCGGCUCACAGGCAAAGCAAUUGCGCAACAAGGAGUACAAGAAGGCCUCAAGAAGGACAUCAAACAGGCAAUCGCUUGCUACACUUGACAACGCAGCAUAUACUCCACCGUCCUCCGGCUCUCCUCGACCCCUUCACUCUGCACGAUCAAAUCCUCCUCCGACCGCCUCCAACCCCGUAAGCUCGCGAUCCGAGAAGCGCAUGUCCAGGCAAAUCAUGAACUCCGACCUCAGCAGCUACGCAUACGGUGCCAAACCUCCCUCGCGUCCUGGCUCUCCUCUUGUUGACCAAGAGACCCGGAGCCUUCGCUCGCAACGUCAAGGUGGAAUGAACAGCCCCAAAGAGCUUGGUAACAAGACAUAUGGCGCACAUCCCCUCAGCGCUUCCAGCAGCGCUGUCAACAUCACUUCACAGUACUCUCGUAAUCAACGCACCACACCUACCGAGACACCUCAAACGGCCCGCUUCGCUCACCAUGUUCGCGCCAGUCCCAGUGUAGAUAGCGCUACGAACAGCGCCAUCCUGCCACAUGACAAGGCUCUCGUGCGUGUCAUCUACGAUGGCGGACGAACCUCAGUUGUGAACAUCGAAGGCUGCAAGACCGCUGAAGAGGUGAUGCUCAAGACUCUUACCAAAGGUCAUCUCAACACUGCCCAUGUUAAGAACUACUGUUUCUACAUACUCAACAGCGGAGAGCCGGACCCCUCGCUAUCUGAACGCUUGAGUGACAUCGAGCUUUUCAGGCUUGUCAAGGAUGCGAAUCGACAUGAAAGGGGUCGGUUAAUACUCCGCAAGGUCCAUGCUGGAGAGCCCGACGAGGAUCAACUGAAGGCUGCCGCCGGCAUCUACCAACAACAGAACUUCCAGCAAAACUCCACCGUCUACGUGCCAUCCAGCAAUCGCAGCCAGAUCAAAAUCGAGAAGCUGACGGGUGAAUCCCUCGCUGCUGUCAGCUACCCUCUGUCGCCAACGUCUGCAAGGGAACGAGAACGUCAUAUCAACUCGACUGCUCAAAAUCUGGAGGGGCCUGCCGACCCUUCGAGGUCGCCUAUUUUCCAUGCUCGUGCCCGAAAGCUUAAGCAGUUCUACGGUGCUCGACCUCCCAGCGAACUGAUCACAUCUGACCUGACCUCCUACUUCCCUGACGUCGGAAAAGAUGAGAUUGACAAGACCGUCCGCAUGUCGAUACGUCGUUCCCAUCGACUCAGCCGCGCGGCUUCGCGUCUAUCAAUGGCAUCCAACUUCAGUGUUGCCUCCAGCUUGAAGGAUGCACCACCACUGCCGUCCAUCGCCGACACUUGGCUUCAGGGAGGUGCCCAAGCCCGACCACUCCGCCCACUCUCAGUCAUGAGGUUGGGUCUACCUAACCAAUCUGGUUACCGCGAUUCUAUGGCGUCUUCUGUCUUGGAACCUCUGGAUGAAGAGUCACCCCUCGAGCCAAACCGAAAGUCAUACGUCUCGUUUGGUGGUGACAGUGGCUCGGAUACUCUUGCCAUCACAGAUCCUGACGGCAACACCACUCUGCAAUCCUACUUUGACGACGGCGGUAGCAGCCUUGCAGGUAGCAGUAGCAGCAACACUGAAAACGGCGAUUCACUUAACAAGCGCCUUUCUGAAGCCAUAGCUGAGGAUGGCGAAGAAUCAGACGACGAAUUGGCCGAGUAUCUGGAACAAGACUCCUGGGACAACGUCAAGUACAUGAAGGGCGCUCUCAUCGGACAGGGUUCUUUUGGAAGUGUCUACCUUGCGCUGCAUGCCGUUACUGGUGAGCUCAUGGCCGUCAAGCAAGUCGAGCUUCCUUCGGUAGCAGGUGCUUCCCAGAUGGAUCAUAAGAAGACGAACAUGGUCGAAGCCUUGAAACACGAGAUCGGCCUCCUUCGGGAACUCAAGCACAAGAACAUUGUGCAGUACCUUGGAUCCAACUCCGACGAGAGCCACCUUAACAUUUUCCUCGAAUACGUCCCAGGUGGCUCCGUGGCGACCAUGCUGGUCAACUACGGUCCUCUCGGCGAAUCUCUUAUUCAGAACUUCGUACGCCAGAUUCUCACUGGUCUUUCUUACCUCCAUUCACGAGACAUCAUCCACCGAGAUAUCAAGGGCGCAAACAUCCUUGUCGAUAACAAGGGCUCAGUCAAGAUCUCCGAUUUCGGUAUCUCUAAGCGUAUUGAAGCCUCGACAUUAGGCGGUGGUAAGAAGGGAGCCCAGCGUGUCUCCCUUCAAGGUUCCGUCUUCUGGAUGGCACCAGAAGUUGUUCGACAAACAGCCUACACCCGCAAAGCCGAUAUCUGGUCGCUCGGCUGCCUCGUAGUAGAGAUGUUUACUGGCAGCCACCCGCAUCCCAACUGCACUCAACUCCAAGCCAUCUUCAAGAUUGGUGGCAGUGGCGAUGCCAGCCCUACAAUUCCUGACAACGCUGGCGACGAUGCUCGAACAUUCUUGGCGCAGACCUUCCUCAUCGACCACGAGAAGCGUCCUAGUGCCGACGAGCUUCUAGCCAGUCCCCGCUAUCUGCAAAGAGUGGAGCUCGGCGCUCUGGAACUACGGGCAAUCAUGGCUUCCGAAAUGCCUGCCAUGAAUGGAGACGAAAUCAAAUCCAUCACGGAAUCCAAGAUAUCCGACUUUGCGAUCAAUAUGUCCCUCCCCGCCAAAUACAAAGCCGCCAUCUAUGAUGCGCCCGGUUCUAUCUCAACCAAGGUUGUCGAACUGGAAAUGCCCCAGCCAGGCGCGGGCGAGGUCUUGAUCAACCUCACGCACUCUGGUGUGUGUCACUCAGAUCUAGGCGUUAUGACAAACUCGUGGAAAACACUGCCUUUCCCCACUCAGGCAGGGCAAGUAGGUGGCCACGAGGGCGUAGGAAAGAUUGUAAAGAUGGGUCCUGGAACAGAGAACUCGGCAGUCAAGAUUGGAGAUCGCGUGGGAAUCAAGUGGAUGGCAGGAAUUUGCGAGGCGUGUGAGGCUUGUAGAGCGGGAAUUGAUGCUUCGUGUUUCUCUGGUAAAGUAUCAGGAUACUACACACCAGGUACAUUUCAGCAAUACGUCCUCUCUCCGGCAAACUACGUCACGCCCAUCCCUGAAAGCCUCGAUUCCGCAGCCGCUGCGCCCCUCCUCUGCGCUGGUGUGACAGUCUACUCCGCACUCCGUAAGACAAAUGCCGAAUCGGGUGCUUGGGUCGUGAUUGCUGGUGCUGGAGGUGGACUGGGUCACUUGGCCGUACAAUUCAGUGCUCGAGGAAUUGGCCACCGCGUAAUCGGAAUCGACCACUCUUCCAAGAAGGAUAUCAUCAUGGAGAGCGGUGCCGAGCACUUCAUCCCUGUAGACGGCACAGAGAACAUGGUCGAAGCCGUCCAAGCCCUUACAAACGGCCUCGGCGCACACUCCGUCGUAGUAUGUACGCAAAACAACGCUGCGUACGCUCAAUCAGUCGAUCUACUUAGAUUCGGUGGCCGAGUAGUGUGCGUUGGUAUCCCCGAGGGCGAUGUUGUACCCAUCAAGAGCGCGAACCCUGGUGUUUUAGUCGCCAAGUCUUUGCAGAUUGUUGGAUCGGCUGUGGGAUCGCGAAAGGAGGCUAUCGAAACCAUGGAGUUUGCGGCACGCGGAAUCGUCAAGACACAUUUUAGAACGGAGAAGAUGGAUAAGCUCACAGACGUAUUUAAUGAGAUGCAUGAAGGGAAACUGCAGGGCAGAGUUGUGUUGGACAUGACAGAAUAA